CACGUUCAGACUCCCCUUUUAAUCAAUCGCACGGCAAUUUCCACCUGAUCCUCACCAGUACCCGCCUUCUCCAUAGAUCAUGGCUCACUACUCCGAGAAGAAAGACCUCUUCCCCAUGCCCGGCGGCUGCACCUGUGGCCUCAUUCGCUUCCAGCUCGUCGAGCCGCCCCUCAUCGUCCACUGCUGCCACUGCACCUCCUGCCAGCGCCAGACGGGUUCCGCCUUCGCCAUGAACGCCGCAAUCGAGACCACGGCCCUACUCCCGCUGCCCGCCGCAGCGCCCAUCGUCCCGGCCUCCCGCGCCAAACCGGCCCCGCUCCCGGCCUCCCUGAUGCCGGCCUUCGCCCGCGGCACCAACGCCGCCGCCGUCACCGCCACCUCCGCACCGCGACCGGCCAAUACGAAUCCCGAGCUCAUCUGCGUGCCCACCGAGUCCGGCUUCGGCCAGACCGUAGCCCGCUGCCCGACAUGCCACACGGCGGUGUGGAACCAUUACGCCGACGGGGGUCCGCAUAUCGCGUACGUGCGCGUGGGCACGCUCGACCGCUCGUGGGAGAUCGAUCCGGAUGUGCACAUCUUCACGCGCAGCCGCAGGACGUUCGUCGCCAUCGACGACGGGAAGCCGCAGUUCGAGGCGUACUAUGCCAGCAGGGAGGCGUUGGUCGGGGAGUACGCCCGUGAGAGGCUGGCGCGGGUGGGGACAUUGAUGGAGGGGUGGAGGGCUCGGAUGAAGGCGGCUAUGUGA